AUCGGAGAUCACACAUGUGUGAUUGUGUGUGAAGACAGUACAGUUUUGUUACGCAAUAUUGUGAAAGAGAGGUUCAACGUUUUGUAUCUAAUAAUACGAUAUUUAGUCCUAGAUGAGUUGAACUUAUCAGAAUAUUACCAUCGUAUAAAAAAAAAAUCAAAGGAAAUGCCAACCUGGGACUCUGAGAAACUAGCUCAACUUCAGCAACAGUCUGGAAACAUUCGCAACAUCUGUAUUCUGGCUCAUGUGGACCAUGGAAAGACUACUUUGGCUGAUGCACUCAUUGCCAGCAAUGGCAUCAUCUCGUCUCGCAUGGCAGGUAAGCUGCGAUAUAUGGACAGCCGUGAAGAUGAGCAGCUGCGAGGCAUAACAAUGAAGUCAAGUGCAAUAUCGCUCUACUACAAAGAAAAUGAGAAGGAACACCUGAUUAACCUGAUUGAUUCACCUGGACAUGUGGACUUCUCCACUGAGGUUUCAACAGCUGUGCGAUUGUGUGAUGGGGCUGUUGUUGUUGUUGAUGUGGUUGAGGGAGUAUGUCCGCAGACACAAGUAGUCCUGAGGCAAGCUUGGUUGGAGGACAUCAAACCAGUGCUGGUACUGAACAAGAUUGAUCGUCUUGUAUUGGAGUUGAAGCUGACCCCAUUGGAGGCAUACUUACAUCUGCAGCAAAUUUUAGAGCAAGUGAAUGCAGUCACUGGCAACUUAUAUGUAUCACAUGUGCUUGAGAGAGAGGCCAACGAAAGAACUGAAACAUCAUCGACACCAACAGCUCAUGCAGAUGGUCAAGUGUACGACUGGAGCACAGAACUGAAUGAUAUUGAUGAUUCUAACCUCUACUUCUCCCCUGAUCAAGGCAACGUUAUAUUUGCCAGUGCUUAUGAUGGGUGGGGCUUCAGUCUCGAUCAUUUUGCUGAAAUGUAUACCAACAAGCUAGGCAUCAGCUCCAAAGUGCUGAAGAAAACUCUGUGGGGUGAUUUCUACCUCAAUUCUAAGUUGAAACGAAUUCAAAAAGGUGCCCAAGCUAAAGGAAAGCGCCCUCUAUUUGUUCAGUUUAUUCUUGAAAAUAUGUGGUCAGUGUAUGAAGAUAUUUAUUUCAGAAGAGACAAGGAGAAGAUGGAAAAGAUAGUGAAAUUCCUAGGCCUCAAGAUAUCAGCAAGAGACACAAGGCACAAUGACUCAAGGGUACAGCUGCAGGCAGUUAUGGGACAGUGGUUACCACUAUCAAAAGCUGUCUUAUCAAUGGUAGCAAAUGAGCUUCCUAGCCCACUGGACGUCAGUGAACAGAGGAUCGAGAAGUUGAUGUGCACAGGAGGACGGCGGUUUGAUUCCCUACCAGCUGAGUCCCAGAAACUAAAGAAUGAUUUUAAGCAGAGUUGCUGCAACUCCGAUGCUCCUGUUAUUGUUUAUAUCUCAAAAAUGUUUGUUGUAAGCAGUGACUCUCUUCCAAAAAACAAACAAAGGCCUCUUACCAGCGAGGAAAUUCAAGAGAGGAGAGAAAGUGCUCGGCAACGACAUGCUGAGAGAAUGGCUCGAGCAGAGACAGAAAAUGGAAAUACACAGCCUAGCAAAACAGAAGACAUAGUACCUUGUGAAGAAGUGAACUCUGAGGAACCAGAGGAGAAAGAUGUAUUUGUGGCGUUUGCCAGAGUUUUUAGUGGGAUUAUAAAAAAAGGACAGGAAUUACUUGUUCUCGGACCAAAGCAUGACCCCAGAAAGGUCAUGGAUGAGACUUUAGCCACAGAAAAUGAAAAGUACAUUAGUCGAUUUAAAGUGGGAGAGCUUUACUUGUUGAUGGGCCGUGAGCUUGAGGCUAUGGAUGAGGUUCCAGCCGGCAAUGUAUUAGGUAUUAGUGGACUAGAAGAGCAUGUACUAAAAUCAGCUACAGUGUCUAGUACACCCAUGUGUCCGGCCUUCACGUCAAUGCCGUUUGCUGCUGCCCCGAUUGUCAGAGUAGCGGUUGAACCAACUCACCCUGCUGAGAUGCAUCUACUUGUGCAGGGACUGAAGUUGUUGAACCAGGCCGAUCCAUGUGUUGAAACUCUCGUCCAAGAAACAGGUGAACAUGUGAUCAUAGCAGCAGGUGAGGUACACUUGGAGCGUUGCCUUGAUGAUCUAAAAAAGAGAUUUGCAAAAAUCAAGAUCAAUGUCUCCCCACCAAUCAUUCCAUUCCGUGAGACAAUCAUCAACCCUCCAAAAAUUGACAUGGUAAAUGAAGUCAUUGAUGAUGUCAACCAGAUACAGAUUCAGACCAGACUGCUGGAUGAUCUUCAGGAGGAAUCGCUAGAGAUUCUGAAAGAUGGCACUGUUAAAAUCACCACGCCAAUGAGUUUUUGCACUUUAGCUGUGAAAGCAUUACCACUACCUGAAAGAAUAACAGAAUUGUUGGAGGAAAACACUGAAUUGAUUCGAAUCUUGGAGCAGUUGUCAACCUCAAAAUUGGCAGGAAAGGUAGACAAGAAUUUGAAUCUGGAAACAUUAGAAAAACUGAAAGAAUUGAAGUUGAAAUUUGAAGCUGGUUUUAAAGAAGCUGGAAAAAGAUGGCGUGGAUGUAUUGACCAAAUUUGGUCAUUUGGCCCUAAGCAAUGUGGGCCGAAUAUUUUGAUAAACAAAGUCAGUAACUACCAAAGACCAUCAGUUUGGUUUGGACUUGAUUCCUCGGAUAACACAGAAAAAUUACGAGAUUUUGAUAAUAGCAUAAUUAAUGGAUUUCAGCUAGCCACGCUAGCUGGCCCGCUUUGUGAAGAACCUAUGAUGGGCCUCUGUUUUAUUGUCUCAGAGUGGACAGUAGAGGGAAGUACAACACCAGCAACUAGUCAAUUUAGUUCAAAAGAUUCACAAGGAACAGAUGUCAAUUUUAAAAGUGAUUGCAUAGAAAAUAAAACAUCAAAUGAAGUCCCUAAAUCAGGGACCAUACUCAAAAAUGAAGAAAAUGAGGCAACAUCACCUAUAGAGGGCAGUAUUUUAUGUACACUGCAAGAUUCUGGUUUGAACUAUGGAAGGUUGUCAGGGCAGAUAAUAUCAGCGAUGAAAGAUGCAUGCAGAACGGCUUACCAGGUUAAACCACAACGGCUGAUGGCAGCAAUGUAUACAUGUAACAUCCAAGCCACAGCAGAGGUUUUAGGGCGUAUGUAUGGUGUUUUGUCGAAACGUAAUGGUCGAGUACUGAAAGAGGAAAUGCGUGAGGGAUCCGCAGUGUUUGAUAUCACAGCAGUGUUGCCUGUCGCCGAGAGCUUUGGAUUUGCUGAGGAAAUCCGCAAGAAGACUAGUGGACAGGCCAGCCCUCAACUUUUCUUUAGCAACUGGGAGGUGGUCCGUGGAGACCCUUUCUGGGUUCCCUCUACAGAGGAAGAAUUGCUGCACUUUGGUGAAAAAGCUGACUCGGACAAUCAAGCUCGCGUAUACAUGAACAGCGUAAGAAAACGCAAAGGAUUGUAUGUUGAAGAGAAAAUUGUUGAGCAUGCUGAGAAACAAAGGACACUAACACGAAAUAAAUGAAGAUGUAUUAUAUAUAAACUAAUAUAAAUUGCCAAAAAAUAGUUAUUUAAUGCAAGCCUGCAUUAAUUCCAUGUUUAGGGUAUCAGAGUGUGCUGAAUGUACUAUAUAUCUAGUUCACAGCAUGGAGGUGUCAACUCAUCUUCACAGGGUAAUAUUUAUUGAGAGCCCAUAAGUAGAUUGCUAAGGAAUUCACUUCUGUUUGAAAUCUUGAAACUAUAGACAUACCCAGUGGCAUAUCUAAAAGUCUUGAAAUGGGGAUGCUGAUGGGGGGGGGGGGGGGGGCUAAUUUGCCAAAUAAGGUGAUUUUAGGUGAUUUUAACUACUUGACCGUGAUUUUUGGGGGGCAUAAAUGCUCCAAUGGACCAAAUUGCAAUCAAAAGGAAAGGCUCUAUAGAAUUACAUAGCUAUGAUACCAGCAGGAGUAGAAGGUAGUUUGUUUUAUAGUUACACCAUAUGAAUCUAAAGAUAUUCAGUAUUUAAAAGAGAUGAUGUAAGAUAAAGUUUCUGAGAACUCAAGACUUGUUAUCUCGUGGGACGUCCACAUUGCACAAUAGAACAACACCCAUGGGUUCCUGAUAAAUCUAUCACAGCAUUCACCGAUUUAGUUCUGUUGUAUUACAAUGCCAGUUACGCCACUGUUGUCAUUGGUAAAUCAAAACAGAUUUAAUGCAUUAAUUCCAUGAUAUUACUCUACCAGUUAACCAUGUACAUCUUUGUAUUCCACAAUCAAUCUAGACCAACUUGCAAUGCAUUAAUUCCAUGCUAUUAAUAACUCUAUAAACAGACCACUUAAAUUUCAAUUUAUUUUCUAAUGAAUGAAAUUGCACCUGUACUAGAAGUGGUAACUUGAGCUCAAGUACAAGAUAGUUAAUAUAGGUGGAGAUUGUGUAAAAGGAUGAAUAUUCAUGAGGGCAGAUUAUAUAUCAUCUAAUGAAUAUGUAUAAGAUGAAGAUUUUGUGAAUUGAACCAAAGUUAUUGAGGGGGUUGGAUACCAGAUAGGAGUGGAAAAAUGAGAGAAUAGUAUCAAGAUGGCGGUUGAAUGAGAUCAUAUUGAAAAAUUAGAGCAGACAAGGUUUUGUGGAAAAUCCAUUAUGUGAAAGAGUCAUAUACAGGAUGUUUUACUUUUGGUAUCCUACCACAUAAUAUCUUCAGCAUGUCAAUGGUGCAACUUGUGUGUUGUACUGGUAUUUCAAGAUAUGGAUAAAUUAAUAUUUUUAUGAAAUAAAAGAGGAAUGAUGAGUUA